GGGGGGGGUCAGUGCGGGACGUGGCGGUGGAGUGGAGGUGGGAGGGAGCGGCGCCAUGACCCGCGGCAACCAGCGCGAACUGGCGCGGCAGAAGAACCUGAAGAAGCAGAGCGACUCGGGCAAGGGCAAGCGGCGGGACGACGGGCUCUCGGCUGCCGCCCGCAAGCAGAGGGACUCGGAGAUCAUGCAGCAGAAGCAGAAGAAGGCCGACGAGAAGAAGGAGGGCAACAAGUAGCGGGCGGCCGCGCCGGGCUGCCGCCCCAGGGCCGGUCCCGCCGGCAGGAUGCCCUGCGCCGCCCCCGGCCGGGUCCCGCCGGGACCCCCGGCAUCGCCCCGCGCCCUGCGGCGCCGUCCCUUAUUAAAGUAGCUGUGGAGCCCUGCA